AUGUCAUGUUGGAGUCAGGUAUUUACUGUGCCUUCGCUUUCGCUGGGGAUCUCGACGCUACCCAUCAAUCUAUCGCGUCACCUGGAAGAGCUAGGACACCUGAGAGUCUUUUCCGCCUGCGCUUCUCCCGCUGGUCCACCUCGAAUAGCGCUGCACCCCAGCCUAUCCCUGGUCUCUCCGUCCCAGCUUCUGCUUCUACGCUGUGCGGCCCUUCCGCAACCUCAUUCUCUCGACCCCGAGGUCCGCCACAGGGUGGUCGUAGUCCCAAGUCCGACUUCCUGCGGGCCAAUAGCAGAAACGACAGUCGAAAUCCCGGUGCAGACAGCGCUGGUUAUGUUGGCCCAAAGAAGGAAAACCGCUUCUCCAGUGACCCGACUUGAGAUGGAUGCUAAAUUCAAAAAGAGCAAAGAGUAUGCCCUCUACAACGCGUGUAGAUAA